ACAGGGAAAGCUGAACUGUCUGCCCUGGAGCUGCAACCUGAGAUAGUCAGCACAGCAAACACAGCACCGGAGUCCAGGAAAAGGCCUCCUGGGAAGAAGAGGGGUGCAGGUGAGGGCAAGGAUCAGUCAGGAAUCCAGAAUGAGGAGCUGAAAGCCCUGGAGGCCCACAUGCUCAGGCUAGCACGACAAGCCCAGAGUGAUGAACUGACAGGACAAGAAGACCCCAAUGUUCUGCAUGCCUACGUUGCAGCCCUGCCUUCCAGACAGGCCUACAAGGAAGUUAUCAAGUUCAAGAAGAGGGCUCGUUUUCUGGAGUUCUUUGUCCAGGUGGCCCAGAAGGCAGUAAUGGAGGGGCACCUACAAAAUGUGCUGGACUGGUGUCAGGAUUCACUGCUAUGGCUGAAAAAACGUAAUGAGGGAAUGGUUGCUGUUCGUGGCCUGGCUAGACAGGUCGGCGCUGUCACGCUGGUCGGUGAUGAUCCCAAGAAGUAUGCAGCUGCUAUGGUGGAGUACACAAAGAAUCUGAAGAUGUCCAAAGCUGAGCAAGUCAGACAGAAGAAGAAGGAAAAAAGACAAAAGAUGAAGUUGUUGACAAGCCGCAGGAAAGGUCCAGUUGACCUCGCCAAGGAGCAACAGGAAGAAAUUGAGAACAAGGCCAUGGAGGUGCUGAAGCACAACUUCCCUGAGUUCUACAGAGUGAUGCUUCGACGGAGGCGUCUGCGUAAAACCUGUGCAGAUGAAAUACCAUGGAGGUGUCAGAUGAACAUCCUGCAGGGCCUGAGUCACUUUGGUCUGUUCCUGGAGAAGGUUGAGCUGAGGGACAAACUGAGGGGGACGGCCUCCCUCCAUAUCUAUAGACCCUCGUUCUUGGACCAGGAAUGGUUCACGUUUGAGAGCAGUAACACCCUGGUGGUGGGGUGGGACGGAGGUCCAGACUGGCAGUCCACCAAGGACGACCCACGGGAGAUGUCCAUCCCUGACUCUCUGGCACAGCUGGACGCAGACAGGCCAAAGACUGGAAUCGAAAUUGCAGCAGCUGCAGCCAUCGGUAACCUUGUCCUUCCCAGCACUGCCCAGCAGGAGGAGGAGGAAGGUGAGAGGACACCUCGGACCUACAGGUCAGAUGCUUCUCUGGACAAGGUGGACACCAAGCUGGUGCCUGACCACCACAGUAUCACGCAGCAGGCCACCAUGGAUGCGCUCAGCAAGACCUUUGACUUCUUCAUGAAAGCAAUAGUUCUAUCAGAAAGGGGGCGUCACUGGUCCCUCCUGCAGAACGCCUGCAGGUCUCUGUGGAACUGUGCACACACUGCCCUGCUGCGGGCCUACAACCCCAGCCAGGCAGGCGGAGCUUCACAGGGGCUCCUCAGUAUAGAGGACUGGAGGGGUCUGGUGUGGCGGCCUUUCUACCUGGCUUCUGAUGCUCUGCUAGACAUGCUGCUGGAAAUACAGGAACACAGAGUGGACACGGAAGAUGAGGAGAUACUCAUUGUAAAGUCAUGGGUCGGUGACAUCAGCAUGGAGAAGGGCGGGGCCAGCCUGAAGUUUGAGACUCACGUUGAUGACAUGAGCCUGGUAGACCUGCGCUGGACACGACGUAUCUUCAUGAGGACCAUCGAAAUCCUGUUCUAUGAGGAGAAGUGGGAGAGACUGGCAGAUGUCGCCCUCCGCUUCAAUGCGCUAACUCAUGAAAGACAUGCUGAACAGGUCAGUCCCAUGCUCAUCACCGCCCAGAGGAAGCUGAUUGCUCGUGUGGAUCAGCACGGCGGCCUCCCGCCCCCUCAGCCUCACUACCAGAACGCCAUGGCACAGGUGGGAGGGAAGAUCGGCUCCCAGCUGCACACAACUCCCCUGCUGAAGACUGACCUGUCCAACCUGACGGAGAUUGACCCUGGUGGUCACAUCGACCCAGAGGGGCACAAUGUCUACGAGAGUGGUGACCAUGCCAGGAGACUGGUGGCCGUGCCGCUGGACGUUACUGACAGCCUGGAGACGUUCCGCCAGGUGCUGGACAAGUCUCAGUAUACCGCUCGGGCACUGACCAACAGCCGCAAACUUCUAGUGCUCUACCUGGCCGGACAGCAAAAUGCUCCCCAGCUGAGAACCACCAGUAGUAAGAGUGGCAGUCGCUCGCCCUCCCGAGUGGGUUUCCGCCCCUCUGACAGCCGUCCUCAGCUGCCCGUUCCACAGGACCUCAUGGAUGAGGAGUUCCAGACAACCAUGGAAGUACAGAGCCCGGUGCUGCCCAGGUCCCAACUGGGGGUGGUCAUCUCUUCAUAUGACAAGACAAUAGAAAUGUUGCUUGCUCAUAACCAGAAAGGCCUGAGUGCUCAGGCUAUGCAUGAGCUGGCCAAUCUGCAGUACCAUGCAGGAAAUGUCAGAGCUGCAUACAAGUGCUGGUCGGAGGCGCUGGACAUUGUGAUGAACAUGCCUGAUGCGCUCCAUUCCUGGAGGAAACUGAUGGACACAGGACAGAGCCUGGCUGGCACCCUGUUGAAGAAGUGUGGCUUGUGGGGAUGUGUGCUGGGGGGAGUGCUGGCUGCAAAAAUUGCACAAUACAUCCUGUCCUCUGACCUGGGACUUCGUAUGGAAUGCUGCUUCCUGUCUGCUGCCUUCUUCAAGGCACUGUUCCGCUCCACCCUGCCUCACCCCACAGCAGACCGUGACUAUGCCCUGUAUGAGAUAGGUGAGGGGUGUGAGGUACAGAGCCUGGUACCCGGGGUGGAUCUCCUGUCAGACAGGUUCAGGUGUGACGGCAGGACCAUGGUCGCUUCUCUACGGUUUGUCAUUGAGGAGCUCAACAGGGGCAGGCAUAACCUGUUUGUGUUACCUCUGCUAACCCUUUACCAGUACUUUGUGACUUAUGUGUCACGGGACUUGGCAAGGGCUGUGGAUGGCAGGAUCUUGAAGCUGCGGAUCCUGACAGACCUUGGUCUGUACAGUGAGGCUGUUGUUGUUCUGGCCCGACUGCUGCAUGGGGACAGGUUACCCCACACCAGUAACAGUGGCUUCAGGCAGGUCGAGUCCAAGAUGAAAGCUCGAAAUAACUUUGACACCUCCAAGCCACUGUCAGAGCCUUGUAAUCUUAAGACCCUGGAUUACCUGUGUGAGCGGCGCCUGACCACAUCACUGGCUAACCUGUACGGACCUCACCUGACCUGUCACCUGACCCUGGCCCAGGCACAUCUCAUCAUCGCCCUGGCAGACACCAUCCAUGCGCUGCCUGCCAAGGAGGAACCCAUAUUGCCUAAAAUUGGGGAGGAUCCAUUCGGCCAGGUCCCAGUGGGACGUAGGAAGUCUGUCCUGCCUGGUGGGACAGAGAAAUCCUUUGGUGGGACAACCAGACAGCCGCCUCCCACAUCCAAACGUGCUGCUCCCAAGACUGCUGAUGAACUACUGGAGUCACAGAGUUUGGACAGUUCUUCCUCUGAUGAGGAGGAGAGUCACAGGUUCAGUGACAACCAAGGAAACAUCACCCCAUCUUCCAUCAAGGGCAUGCUGCUUGCCACAGCUGACCAGAUGCUGCAGACCAUCUGUGACAGUAUCCUGGAGAAUGUAGAUCCUGAACAAGGCUCUAGUAGCUUGGUGGCAUCUGAGUUGGAAGUGGUUGUAUGGAGUAAACUGGAUGUUGCAGCCAUCCAGAGACAAAGACAACACUCCACCCUGAGCGCAGCUACAGUCCUUACAGCACUUAAGCUCAUCCAAGAUGCUGACAUCUUUGUAACGUCUGACAAUAAGAAGGAAAAGAGGAAGACGUCUGCCCUGAGGAGGUCUGAAAGUAGGGCACAGGAGGAAGGUGAACCCUCUGUGACACUGACAAAGCCAGAGGACAACCGGUUUGAGUACCAGGACAACCAGAGCAGGACUCGACUGGACGCACGACUCUGGCUGGACUGCCGGCUAGCACUGGUCAAAGGGCUGUCAGGUCAGCUGACUGGCAUGGGAAUUAUUGGUGAAGGUGAGAAGAAGCAGAUGGAUGCCGGCAGUGCGCGGCACUACUGUGCAGAAGGUCUGGCUGAGGCGGAGGCCUGUGGGGAUGUGGACAUGCAGGCAGAGUUCCUCCUACAGUGUGUGCUGUUAGACAUACAGGAGGGACAUCCACUGGAGGAUGUCAGACAAACUCUGCAGGACAUUAUCAACAUGCUGCAAGGCCAGGCCACUCUGUCUCCCCCUGCCUCACUGCUGAUGGUACAGUCCAUGGUCCAGCUGACAGACCUACAGGCCGGCAAGUUGUCAGCUGCAGAACGGCUGCAGAUGUACAUACAGGCACAGAACAUCUUAUUGGACCAGAUGAUGAUAAUAGGGGACAGAAUACAGUACCAUGCAAGUAAUCCUGCCUUUGCUGUACCCAUUGGUCCUCUGAAGAACAUCUACAUCCCGCAUGUUCUCCUGUUGGUCAGAAUCAAACUGCGUAUUGCUCAUGUGCUGAUCAGGCAAGCUGCGGAAUCCGGAGUCCUGGCAGGGUCUGAUGUUUGGCUGCCCCCUGCCACUGUUCUCACCACCACCCUGGGGCUGUGCCGGGCGGCAGCGGACAGGCAGCCUCAUCUGGAGGCAGAGAUACUGCUUCAACAUGGCAUGGUGCAGCGUCAGUUGAGCCUGACUGGGAAGUACCCAUCCAGGGGUGCGGCUGCCACUCUCCUAGAGGCCAUCACCACCAGCCAUGCAAGCAACCAUGAUCUCGGACUGAUGAGGCAGGCAUACCUGGAGAUAGCCCUGACCUUCCUGCUGACCAGUGGUGCCCUCAGCAGGGUGACUGCCACCCAGAGCACAGAAGUGACCCCGCAGCCCUCACAGGAGGCCGUCUCUCCCACCAAGUCAGUAACCGAGGGAGACCUCCCAGAGAGCCCCAGUCCCAGGCAGAAGGCCAAACGGGCAGCUGCCGUGAAGGCCAAAACUAGGGAGAGGGCUCGAGUGCUGGGAAAGAUUGGAGCAGCCACAAGAAACAAGGAAGAACGAGAACAGGACAGAGAGAAGAGAGCUACCUGGCUGGCCAUCAGGUGUGCCGCUGCCAUUGCUGACGUACAGAGGGCCAGCAUGACUCUCGCAGGAAACCCACAGGUUACAACAUUGGCAGUGAAGCAGAAGGCCUGGGCAGAGAUGCCGGAAUAUGCCCUUCUGGACAUGGUCAGCUCACAUCUGUCUGUUGGCAAGAUGCUCAUGGGUUCCAACCUGGCCUCCCAGUUGUCUGAUGUGGACAAGGAUGCAGAUGAGCUGGCCAGAGAUGUGAUCUCUCGGACCAGGGCUGCUGCCAGACAGCUGAGCUGGGUCCACAUGCUGGGGUAUGCCAGUCUGCUGCAGAGUCUGGCAACAACAGCUAAUACAGGUGCAUCUACUGCUGAGGGGGACACACAGGAAGACAAGUCUGAUCAGCUGUCUGAGUUGAGUGGCAUGGACCUGGAGAGUACCUAUGGCAGUGUCAGUAGCACUCGUGACCUGGCCAGAUCACCCCUGUUUAACAGUGGUUUGGUCCUGCGUCUGACCCAGAUGCACAGGUACCUGAUGACUCACCUGCCCAUGUAUGCCUCAGACUGCGUGGCCCUCAACCCGCCCAAGGACCUGGCCCUCCCCCUGGCAGAACCAACCCCAGAUGUGAGCCUGAUCUCUGUCAGCUAUGUGGACAAUCUACUGACAGGUCCUGACACCAAGACAGCAGAGGAUCCAUCACAAGCACUGAGCAGGGAGGCAUCACACACAAGGGUGGUUGAAAAGGAGGACCUUGCCUUGUUGGCUCCUAAUAAGGAAGAGCUGAGUCUACAGUGGUACCAGCCAGGGUUGGAUGUACAUGGUCCUGAGGAUAAACAGAAAGUCUUACUGAUGUAUGCUGCCAACACACAGCCCAUUAAGGCAACACCUUCCACCAACACUGUCGGUCUCCUGACAGGACAGAUCAGAGUGCCCCUGGGCCAGCUGUUAGACCUGCACCGUAACCUGGCCAUUCAGAGUCAGCUGGCAGACAUGUCCCUAGGGGAAACCCCCACCCCCAGGCCUGAGGGGGGAUCCCGCAACACUACCCCUGUACCUGACAAGGCCAAGGGGGGCAAGAAGACGAGAAUCAAGCCACUGUCUGCCAAGGUUGCCAGUAGGAGGGAUGAGCAGCUGGAGGUUCUGUUGAAGCAGAGCGUGACUGAUGCCCACAGUCUCAUCACUCUUCAGGCUGACCAGGAACCAGUCACAGAGGCUCCGUUCUCUGUCACUUUGGAGAACAUUAACCACCUGGAGAAGCUGUUCAACCCAGGGUUUGGCUGUACUGUUAAGAACCCUGAGUUGUCAGGCUGGCUGCUGAGCAAAGUGCCAUGAUGUACACAACUCAGCAAUGUGAAGCAAGAGAUCAAGAUGAAGCACCUUUAUUAGCUGAUUUAAUAUCCCUGAUUAUUUGAUAUCCCUACAUCCUUAUGAGUUUGAAAUCAAAUAUAAUGGUUGUAUUUAAAGUAUGAUGCAAGGAGAAUAUGUACUUGAUUUUACAGUGUCAUCACUUACAUUUGAAUGUUGGUUUGAUGUCUACAGACAUACCCAGUCAGUACAUGUUAUAUUAUCAUGUCUGAAGAUGUCUUCAGUAGUUUGCUUUAUAGUCAUAGUGGUGAAACAGGUGGGAUUGUUUGUCACAUUUUGGGGUAGGAUUGUGAUGAUUUUAUCAAAGACUUUCUACCCUGGAAGUUGAAAAGGAUUCUAGUAAUUAACAGUUGUUUCUUUUUGUUUGGUUGAAUGAUUUGGAACAUGAUUACUAUAAGUAAUCAUUGUAACAGUUAGCCUGUUAUGAAGUGCACAAUAUUGUGAUCAGUCAAUUCUACUUUCUGCUAUUACUUGGUUUGCUGAGGCUUUUGUUGAAAUUAAAGCUCAUAAGAGGAUAUGG